AUGCCAAACUGUAGAGUGGUGUCUGAAGCGGCUGCAGUCGUGGUUCCAAAGGUUACCCACGACAGGCGAAACUUAGCAUUGCGCGUCAUCGUUAGCUCGUUGCACGUCGCUACCACGGUGUACCUCGUCGUGUGGGUGCUCCUCAUGCUGUUUUCAACCGGACCUAGUGUCGUCACUGCAAAGUUGUACCAGCCUAAAGUCACUGCUGCGGGGUACACCAUGAUUUCGCUCAUGCACGUUGGUGCGCUCGUGGGCCCCAAAUUGUGUCAUCGAAAGUCAGCUGCCACCUCACUGUCGAAGCCUCCGCAGCCCCCGCCUCCAGCUGUGACAGUGCGCAGACUCAGUUCCAAAACGCAAUCCAGAAUCAUUGUGCGUCGGCUCUCCAAGCGCGCCGCUACCGACUGGUUUGACCACAUGUUUAUCGUGUUCAACUUCAUCGUGAUCCUUUGCCAAGGUAGACAAGUGUACGAAAUGCUGAGCACGAUGGUCGACCCAACCAAGGUAGUGUCGUACGCUGUGAUUGUGCUCUUGUACUCCGUCUUGUCGCCCUGCCUCAUCUUCAUCAACAACAUCCAAACCAAAUACACGCUGGUGUGCUAUGUCGACGCGUUGUUCAGUUUCACGCUGUCGUGUGGUCAUCCCAUGUUUUCCGUGGCGAUACAAGGGUUGGAACUCAUCUUGAUCAACCCAAACUUGGUCCGCGACAAUCGUUGGACCACCGAGACGCUGCUGUUUGCCAGACUCUUUGGAAUCACGAGCCCUGUGGACUUUUUCGUCAAGCAUGUCAUGCACCUGUCGACAUACUUCACCAUCUGCCGGCUCGCAAACACUUCCCACUCGGCAGACUCCAACAAGGAUCAAUCGUCAGUUUUACAGCGAAGCCAACAGAAUCGUGUCAUGCGACGGUUGAACUUGGCUGUGAGCAGUGGAUUGGGGGUCGUGUGUGCUAUCUUGCUGGGACGGUGCUUGUUGUAUCGAGAGCCAUGUCCGUCGUAUUGUGUGUCCAACAUGCAGCCGCUAAUGGACCUCGGGUGUCACUGCGCCUACGCCAACAUCAACUGCCACACCCUUGGCAUUGAUGACCCCACCCCCCUCUUGGAUCCGAGAAUCAUUGGUACGAGGUUGGUGUACGUUCAAUUCUCGAGAUGCGAUUUGGAAAAUGGCCUCAACGCCACUUCGAUGGUGCCAUUUCAACAGAUCACCAAGAUCCAGGUCACAUUUUCCAAUAUGUCGUCCUGGACUGGCCCACUACCGGCAUCAUUGAACAACAUCUUGGUACAGUACAGUCGGUUGGAAACGAUUCCUCAUGCACUGCUUUACGAUAUUCCUCCCGAGCUGGUGACUAUACUCAUCGACGCAGCGCCAUUGAAAACCAUUCCCGACAUCGCUUUCAACGCAUGGAGUUUUGUGCAGCGGCUGCAGCUGUUGAAUGUAAGUCUCACGACUUUCCCCAAUGGAAUACUGAGUAUGCCACACCUCACCGAACUCAACCUCCGGGGCAACAACAUCACGUCGAUGUUUCCAGAGUCCGCGUGGCCGUCACCUCUCACGAUUGCUGGCUUGGCUGGGAAUGGGCUAAAGUCUGUGCCAUGGACUGCUGCCAAACGUGGAGUGAAUAUCGAUUUGAGUGGCAAUCCCAUCGAAGAUACGACCACCUUGGACGCUGCCGAACUCAAACUUGUGCAUCGGCGAAGUGUCAUUCUGGAUGACACACCGUACUGCAAUGUCAGUCAGGACACUACGUGCAAACACAUGUGUGGCCCAGACUGCUUUGCGUUUAUGGUGGGUGACUACUUCUGCGACUUGGCGUGCUUUACACCUGUGUGUGGGUUUGACAAGGGCGACUGCGACGGAUUUGGCUUCUCGUGAUCGUAGUGCUUAACUCUCCGUUUUUCAAAUACUCUAGGAAGGCAUGGAUACAUUCCUUCCGUAUGUGGACCGUUGCAAGCGCUACACAUGCACUCCAACGAACCAAACGAGCCAAGAAAAGUGAUACUGGAGUAGUAACCAUACGUAUACUGGUAACGUUAGCUGAAGAUGGUGGAUCCGUUUGUGGUUUCUGCCAAACGCAACGUCCAAUCUAGAUCCAUUGAACGAAAAUACACUGUUGAAAGGUUGC